CUCUUGCAGGGUGGCGCACCAUGCUAGUGGUGCCUGAGCUAGUACGGGAGAUUCAUGUGCUUAAAGCCACUCUUGAUCUGCGACAGGCGUUUCAUCACCUGCGGCAUCAGAUUGACUCCCUGGAUGACGCCAUACAACGACUCAGCUGGGCCAUCAGGUUUGAGAGGAUGGACGAGAGGACGAGGGAGCAAGCGGAGCAGGAAAUGGCGUCCCUGCAGGCUCAGAGGGAGGCAGCAGGGGUACAGCGGCGUGACACCAUGCAGAAAUGGCACCAACAAUUCCACCCAGUGUGGGGCCAGCUGAUGAAGACGGGAUAUCAGAACUCGCGCUUUGCUCACCAGGUCGAGCGUUUCGCUUGCCUGUACACCAGCCAUGUCACCAAUCUCGGCUACUAUUCGCCGGAUAAGAGUUACCGCACAUGUGAAGACUUCAUGCCUCAUGAGCUAGACAUUCUUGACAUCUGACAUGACUACUACACUGCUCAAGCCAUCGGAUGUGUGCCGUUGCUGUACAAUGGAGUUGGGAGGCAAGACAGGUCAAGUGCGUGUAGCACCAUGGCUGUGCCUCCAAUUGGGUUCGUACAAUGGUAAUAAGUAUGAGUGAAGUCAAUGUCUCUUCAUGCUUAAACGAUAGGUUGAGAAAAUUCCCUGAACUGGUGUAUAAUCAGUGUGGCCUGGGCGGCCUGUACCACAACCCAGCUGGAUCUUACCGGAGAUGGGAUCUGUAGUGCUGACCGUCGGAUAGCUUCCCAUAUGUACAUUCCGGUGGUCCCCAUUCCAUCAAUCUGGGAGUGAUGGCGCUGGACCUAGGUCGAAAAUUUUGUGCAUUUCGUGCUGAAUCAGAUCCCAAGGGGACUCUUAGGGUGCGCAGCACUUAGGCGGCAUUGACCCGCAGAAACUACCCGCCUGAUUAGCAACUUUGCUAAAUA